GAACGCCCAGGAUGCGUGACUCUGGAUCUGCUGGCUGCGGAUAAAUGGCCCGGGCCGCUGCAGGGGCAAUGCUACGCUUUCUGGCCUUGCGAGGAGUCGAGCGCUUUGCGGCGAUUGGAGCUGCAGUUCCUACUGCGGUGUCGCCGGGGUGACUACAAAGGACACCGCUUGUCUGUCUCCGCCUCUAACUACCGGUGAACGCCAGGUGAGACUUAAAUACCUGUGUGUUUUGGACACCAUUCAGAAUGGAGUUUCCUGACUUGGGGAAGCACUGUUCAGAACCGACUUGCAAACAACUAGAUUUUCUGCCAAUAACAUGCGACGCCUGUAAACAAGAUUUCUGUAAAGACCACUUUUCCUACUCGGGUCAUAAGUGUCCCUUUGCAUUCAGGAAGGAUGUGCAGGUGCCUGUGUGUCCACUCUGCAAUGCCCCCAUCGCUGUGAAGAGAGGUGAGAUCCCGGAUGUGGUGGUCAGCGAGCACAUGGACAGAGAUUGCACCUCUCACCCUGGGAGGAACAGAAACAAGGUUUUCACACACCGCUGCUCCAAAGAGGGAUGCAGGAAGAAGGAGAUGCUGCAGCUGGCUUGUGCUCAGUGCCAUGGCAACUUCUGCAUCCAGCACAGGCAUCCUCUGGAUCACAACUGCCAAGCUGGGAGCAGCCCGGCCAGCAGAGGGAGGACUUCCACAUCCAGAACUGCUGAGCAGAAGCCAUCGGGAGUCAGUUGGCUGGCCCAGCGACUCAGGCGGACAGUGAAAUGACGGCGAGGUUCCUGUCAGCGCCUCACACCAGCUCCUUUCUGUUGGGUUUUAAUCCUGCUGACAUGGCCUCCGGCACUUUCCUCCUGAGUCUGAGUCUUUAUGGAAGAGUCUCCCAUUGACCGUUCGUUCAAGUUAGCACGAGAAGGUGGCUCUUGGUAAAGCGCUUCCUGUGAGAGCCUGAGGGCCUGAGUUCAUCCCCAGAACUACUCACACUUGUAAUCUCAACACUUGGGAGGUGGAAAGAGGAGAAUCUCCGGGGCUCUCUGACCAGCAGCCUAACUUUAUUGGAGAGUUCCAGGCCGGAAAGAUGCUGACUCAAAAGACAAGGUGGACACUUACUGUGGAGGGACAUCAGAAAUUCACCUCCGGUCACACACACACACACAAUGUACAAUUUAUUUGGUAAAAUAAAUGCAGCUGCUCAGUAGCUUCUUGAGGUGGGUCAGGUUACCGUAGCAAAAAGCUGCAGCGUUCAGGGGCUGAGGACUUGCGCAAACCUCAUUAGUGGCAGCUUUGGCCUGUGCUAAGCCACUCCAGGACUUGGUGUUCUGGAAAAUUCUGUCCACCAUCUGCUCUACAUUCUCCCCUCCAUGGCAAGAGUCAGUGCAGUGCCCUUCCCUGACCCCCGGCUGCGGCUGCUGUGGAGGAAGGGUAUGUACUUGGCUUGCAGUGAUGUCUCCAAGGUUGACCUAAGCAACCAGCUUCGCCAGGCCGAGGCUCCACAUGCCUGUGUCACCUGUGUGGCCUGACCACGUCUACCCCCAGCUGGCCAUGACAGUGUAGGGAAGAUGCUUGGGGGUGCUCUGGUGACUUCCAUAUAAGGGUUUAUCCUCACUUUCCAGGAGCUUGGGUAUCGGAUAGCAUGGGACCAACCACCCAAGCCGGUUUUGACCUUUCCUUCUGAUGGCCUUUAGGACAGUUAACUGCAUGAAUUCCAUAUGUAGCAGCAUUGCACAGGUUUUGUGGCCUCUGGCAGUCAUGAGGAGGCAGGGCGGAUUCCACUCACUGUUCUCUAAAGACCUGACUCUGCCCUAAGCCAGGCCUCUCCUCACUCACAUCAGUACACAGUCACUUCCGUCCAGCUUUAGACUCACUGGUGCACUCAUCCUGUUCCCAGUGUCUGGCUAGAUCUGUCGGGGAAAGGGGGCACUUGGGGAUUGCUCUUAGAACAAGGUCUAGGCAGUGGUGCUAUGUGGGAACACGGACAAACCAUUCUUUUGUACUGCUACUUCCCAGGGUGACAGCCACUUACCCUCAUGCUGGUAGACACUUUUGGUGUAGCUGACAUAACGAAGAUUUUAAUUCAAUUUAAGUUUUUAAACAGCUGGAUUCAGCAAUUAGGCAAUGUUUAAAUAGGGCAUUGGAUGUAUGAGGCUCCAUCCUAACCGUUGUGUGCAAUAAUGUUUCCACUGACUUGACUCUAAAUUGGGAAUUAAAAGCACAUUGGGUGGGCUCAGGAAAUGGUGCAGUGAUUAAGAGCCUGUACCUCCAACAUUAGAUGACUCACAACUACGUAUAAACCGCAGCUCCAGGGGCAGCGGAUGCCUGUGAACUCUGGGCCUUUGCAUUCACAUGUACAAUUUUCUUAACAUAAUUGAGAACACUGAGAAGGGUCAGAGCCUAGGAUAGUGGGUUAGCCCUCACCUGGAGCCCACUGGUGAGGAGCUGGAGACACAAUUCAGUAGGAGAGUACUUGCCUCAGGUCUGGGGCAUAGUUUAGUAGUGGAGGACCUGCCUGUCAUGUCAGAUUCUAUCCCUGCUAUCCUGCUAUUGCAAGGAAACAUCACCAGAUUUUGAAGGCAGUAUCAAAUGUGUGUUGGAAUAUUUUAUAUAUAAUGGUUAAUAAAAAUGAUUAUUUCA